GGCGUCCUCAGGGGUCCUAGUGAUCCUGUGUUUUUACAGGAGGGAAACUUCGCUAUCCAACAAGCUACAGCUACAAACUGUUUGGAGUUUCAUUCACCUUCCUUUAAAAACAUUGCGCGCUGGUCACAGAGAAUACGGGGUUUUUAUAAAAAAAUCUAAUUAAAGGUUCAUCACCAUUCGUUACCGGAGCUGCUACAGUCAUGUCUGGUAUAGCGCUGAGUCGCCUCGCUCAGGAACGAAAGGCUUGGCGGAAAGAUCAUCCGUUCGGUUUUGUAGCUGUGCCAACUAAAAACCCUGAUGGAACAAUGAACCUGAUGAACUGGGAGUGUGCCAUCCCUGGAAAGAAAGGGACUCCUUGGGAAGGCGGCUUGUUCAAACUGCGGAUGCUCUUUAAAGACGAUUACCCCUCCUCUCCUCCCAAAUGUAAAUUCGAGCCGCCGCUCUUCCACCCCAACGUGUAUCCGUCGGGCACAGUGUGUCUGUCCAUCUUAGAGGAGGACAAAGACUGGAGGCCGGCCAUUACAAUCAAGCAGAUCUUGCUAGGAAUCCAAGAACUCCUAAACGAGCCAAAUAUCCAGGAUCCUGCACAAGCGGAGGCGUACACGAUUUACUGCCAAAACAGAGUGGAAUACGAAAAAAGGGUCCGAGCACAAGCCAAAAAGUUUUCUCCCUAAUCGUGACCGGAGUGGAUAUACGACAGCGUUUCUGCAGUACUUAGCUGCUUCUCUCAUUACCCUUCUUCACUUUCCAAGUGUGAUGAAAGCUGAAUGUGCCAUUGUCAUGUCCAGUGACGCCCACUUAACCGAGCGCUCUAUGGGCUCUUAAUUUUCUUUGUCUUUUUGAAAAUAAAUAAAUGAAUAAAUAAAUAAAUAAAUAAAUACGUGGGCGUCAUGAUCGCCACCUAUUGAAUUGAAGCGGCGGCACUGGCGCCCGUUCCAGGAAUCCUGGGGUGCCACGACGCCGCACAGCUUCCCAUGUCUUCCCUCCUCUUGCGCACUUGAAUCGCAACCAUUUCGAUAAUUAGCUAACGAGAUGAAAUCUAGUGUGUUUGAUCAGGGAAAACAAAACUUCAUUAUUGUUGCUUUUUCUUUUUUUUUUUUUUUCCUUUCUUCCUUCCCCAAGACCGACCUGUCUCACGAAGCAAGAUGUAUUGUUUAACUAUCUAACAUUAAGCUUAGUUCAAUCUUACCCUGUGUUUACUGCCUCAUGCCGAUGGAGCAGGUUUUACAAGGCUACGUUGUCAUGGUAACCACACGACCUCACCCCCCCGUCGGGCCAGGCCUACGAGUCGAGGAUCACGGACAGCUCUUCCACCAUUGGUUUAUUAUCUGAUUUACCAAAUCCAGCUUGGUAAGUGGCCGCAACACUUUUUCGAACAAUUCCACAGGUUUUUAAUCAGAGAGUCACUUUUCCUUUUGGUUUUUCCCACUCCGAUCAGGGUUAAAUGAUUUACGUUAACGGUCUAGCCGUCAGUACUGAAUAACACGGUUAUGCAAUUACUUUUCAGUCACAAUUCACAGUCUAAUAAACGUUCAGGUGUUGCAUACACCACAGAGAUAGUAGGGAUCUUAUAUGGAACUUAUUUUACCCACUAGGCUUCAGUAAGAAUGCUAAAGUCUGUAUGCUGAGUCACUUCUUCUGUUCUCUUGCUUUUCCAUGUGCUGCUUUUGUGCCUCUGAGCUACAUGCAGAGGUCCUGGUUCAGUAGAGUCAGGUAUUCACACGUACCCUUAUGAUUAGAGAUGAUACACUAUAUGGCCUAAAGUACAUGGACACCUAACCAUGACAACACGGGCGGUUCUUCCUUAACUGUUCUGACGGACACAGUAGUUCAGAACGUCUCUGUAUGCUGUGUCAGUCUUUACAGUUUCCCUUUGCUUGAUCUAAGAGACUCGACCCCUGUUCCAUUAUGACAAUGUCCCUGUACACAAAGCACAGACCUCCAUGAAGACAUGGUGUGUGAAGGUUGGAGUAGAAGAUCUGGAGUGUCCUGCACUGAGCUCUGACUCAACCCCACUGAACACCGACUGAACCCCAGACCUCCUCACUCUUACACCAUCAGUGUCUGAUCUCACUCAUGCUCUUGUAGCUGAAUGAUUACGCGAGGUCCUGCCGCCGGACCACCUGGGGGCUAAAAUAUCAGUAAAGAAAAAUAAAUCUAUAAUAAUUACGCCCUUGGAUUUGGAGUGGGCUGUUCAGUAGCCCAGUGUCUGAAUACUUUUGGCCGUAUAGUGUACAUGCUCACAAAAUAGGAGACGUAUAUAUUUUUGGAUCAUCUCGUCCUGUUCACAGCAGCGUCCUCUCUGUUUGCUCAAAAUGGUCAUUCAGGAUUCGGCCUCAGACUUUUUCAUGCGUCACACAGUUGACUGGUCGCACCGGUCAGAGAGUCUAAUCACUGUCUGUGUAAACUUCAAGAGAAUCACAUUUCUCAUUUCAACUCAUUUCUAACACACGCUGUAUUACACAGUCUAGUAGAUUAGGAGCUCUGUUCAUAUUAAAUCUGCUUCGUGAGACAUCGGCCUGGUCAGGAGACGGUGAGCGCUGUUGGAUCCAUCGUUUAUAUUUGCUACAGAGCUUCGUAUGUGCAAAAAAAAAAAAAAAAAAAGGUGCACUGAUAUGAAUCCUCAUGCAACAUAAUGAUUAAAUCAGAAGGAAAUUUUGUUGUGCUAAUGUUUUUAUUUUCCUUCUUUCAAACAGGUCUUCUUUAUUCUAUUCAGAUUUGAACGAUGUACAACACGCUGUUACUUAAACGUCAGUAUUCCAACCGCUGUAAAAAUGAUGCUUUUAUACUUUCAUGAUUUUUUUAAAAUUAGUGUCUAUAUGUUACUUUCCAUUCCUGCUGUGGGCAGCGGUGUGUAGACAGCAUGGUGUAAUAUACGGUAUGAUAGAUUUUUGCUGCCUUGUCAAAACAAAACUAAACAAAAAACUAAAAAAAAAAAAAAAAGAAAGCCCACUGAGUAAAAACUGAAAGAUAUACAGUGAUCCGUGUUGGUGUUUUUGUUCUUGUAAGUGUUUAGAGUAAAUAAAAUGUUUAUACAUUGCCAAACCUGUGUUGUCUAUACGUACAGAUUUUUCUUGAAGGAUCUACAACAAAACUGCAUAAAUGUCUGAAUAAAAAGGAAAGAAAAGGAGAGAGGAGACUUUUUGAACUGUACACCCUCAGCUAGACUUUUAUUUUCACUAUUUUCACUCUGUAAUAAAGAUUUGAACUUCUUUACCAUGCUCCAAAAUAAAACAUAUUGUACAAACAAAAGAAA